AGCCGCUGCUGAACGAACACGCCUACAUUCACCAAGAUCAACUACAGCUGCGUAACGAAGCUAUAUUUAUAUUCUGUUGAAGUCUAUUCUUUUUACUACACGUCAAUAUGCGCGAAUGUAUCUCCAUCCACGUCGGCCAAGCCGGAGUUCAGAUCGGUAACGCUUGCUGGGAGUUGUACUGCCUCGAGCAUGGCAUUCAACCAGACGGUCAAAUGCCAAGCGAUAAAACUGUCGGCAGUGGCGAUGACUCGUUCAACACUUUCUUCAGCGAGACCGGUUCAGGAAAACACGUCCCACGAGCCGUAUUUGUUGAUUUAGAACCUACCGUAGUGGACGAAAUCCGCACUGGUACUUACCGCCAGUUGUUCCACCCUGAGCAAAUGAUUACUGGAAAAGAAGAUGCCGCAAAUAACUAUGCAAGAGGUCACUACACUAUUGGUAAAGAGAUUGUGGACACUGUUCUCGAUCGUAUCCGAAAGUUGGCCGACCAAUGCACAGGUCUGCAAGGUUUUCUCAUUUUUCACUCUUUCGGUGGUGGAACCGGCUCCGGUUUUGCGUCUCUAUUGAUGGAAAGACUUUCCGUCGAUUAUGGGAAGAAAUCAAAGCUGGAGUUCGCGGUCUACCCAGCACCGCAGGUUUCAACCGCAGUGGUGGAACCUUACAAUUCCAUCUUGACCACUCAUACCACCCUUGAGCAUUCCGAUUGCGCAUUUAUGGUCGACAACGAGGCAAUCUACGAUAUCUGCCGUAGAAACCUUGACGUUGACCGUCCAUCUUACACCAACCUCAACCGUCUGAUCGGUCAAAUCGUUUCUUCAAUCACUGCUUCCCUGCGUUUCGACGGGGCUCUCAACGUCGAUUUGACAGAGUUUCAGACCAACUUGGUGCCAUACCCUCGCAUCCAUUUCCCGUUGGUCACCUACGCUCCGGUCAUCUCGGCAGAAAAAGCUUAUCACGAGCAGCUUUCCGUUGGCGAAAUCACCAAUGCUUGUUUUGAGCCCGCUAACCAGAUGGUGAAAUGCGAUCCCCGCCAUGGCAAGUACAUGGCAUGUUGUAUGCUUUACCGUGGCGAUGUUGUACCGAAGGACGUCAAUGCUGCUAUUGCUUCUAUUAAAACGAAACGUACAAUUCAGUUCGUCGACUGGUGCCCCACUGGUUUCAAGGUUGGUAUAAACUACCAGCCACCCACCGUUGUACCAGGUGGUGAUCUGGCAAAGGUCCAACGGGCCGUCUGCAUGUUGAGCAACACCACAGCUAUUGCUGAAGCUUGGGCUCGUCUCGAUCACAAGUUUGACUUGAUGUACGCCAAGCGAGCAUUCGUUCACUGGUAUGUCGGCGAGGGAAUGGAAGAAGGAGAAUUCUCGGAGGCUCGUGAGGAUCUCGCUGCUCUAGAGAAAGAUUACGAAGAGGUUGGAGUCGAUACUGCAGAUGGAGAUGGCGACGAAGACGAAGAGGACGAAUAUUAAUUUAAUCACGAAGCACUCGAGUUCCAAUGUUUAAUGUUAUAAGCCUUUGCCUCUCACGAUGCAACGAAUUCUUUCUUUCUUUUCCACACGAAACGCAUGGUGAAAUUGCUCAUUCUGGUUUUCAUUCCUAUUAAUUACGGUUACUGCCCCCGGAUCUGAAAUAAACACGACCGUUGGAAA